GUCUUGGCUACAGCAAGUACGCGAUCCUGGAGUCAAUUUAUCUCCGCGUCCCCCCAUUGUUUUGAUGGAUACGAAGGGUUUAUAAAUUUUAAAGCUCUGUUGCUUCGCUAUACAGUAAUUUUACUGCAUUUCGCUGACAAUUAGUGCACCAUUCACCAUCGUGUAAAGUCGGCUCUCAUGACGGCUUCGAAAUGAGGCGAGGAAAAGCACUUCCCCAAAAGGUUGAAACCACGCCAUCUGGAAACGACGUCACACAUUACGUCCUCCUGCCAGCCGACGCAGUGGUCCAACAGCCCGAGCAGGCAUCCACCAGUGGCACACCCAGCGAAGGGGGCGCCUACGUGAUCACCUACCCUUACAGCACGAGCACGAGCACAUCCGCGUCCACGGAGUGGCUUCCGGCCAUGGCCAACGCGGAAGAACCCGCCGACGACGCCCCCUCCGAGGAGAAGAAAAAGGCAAAACAGCCGAAGCAGCCAAAGCACGCCAAGAAGAAGAGGACUUCGUCGGUCGUGUGGCAACACUUUGAGCAUCAUGCGUGGGACAAGCUGACGGUCGUCUGCAAUCACUGCCGGAUGAAUGUGCGGCUCGGGAAAGAAGGAGGGUCCGGGAGAAUUGGCACCACGGCCAUGCACAAGCAUGUGCGCAUCCAUCACCCGCACCUCUCCGCGGAUAAUUCUGCGGGGGCUGUGGCUGUACCCGCUUCGGAGGCAGAGUCUGCCGUCUGGCACCUCCAAGCGGACGGCACCUCGGAAGAGUACUCGGACACCUCCACCGCGUCCCAGCACAGGGGCAGAAAGAGGGCGUACUCCUCCGUGUGGGAACACUUUGAAUAUCACGAAAGCAACAAACUACUGGUGGUCUGCAAGCAUUGCAAGGUGAACGUCCGGCUCGGGAAGGAAGGGGGCUGCAACCGGCCUGGCACGACGGCAAUGCACAAGCACGUGCUCGUUCACCACCACUUGCUUCUGCAGAAGAAAUCUGCGAGCAAGCUGGGCUUGGAGGCGGCGGGGAAGGGAGCGCAAGGCGCGACACGUGCCAAGUGGUCCUCGAAACCCACUUUUAAGAUACAGGCUUCUGCCGGUCGAUCGAAGAGCGGAGAGUCUACCGAGCCUCACCAGCAGUGGGAUCUGACGCACCACAGCGCGAUGGUGCUGAACCAACGGCUGGCCGAAUACAUCGCCAAAAGCAUGAAGCCUUUCCACGCCGUGGAAGAGCCGGCUUUUGUCGAGCUCAUGCAGGUUUGCGUGCCCCAGUGGAAAAUUCCGGGUAGGGACUACUUUGCCGGUGCAGCGGUCCCAACCCUCGCUGCGAGCAUCAAACAUUCGCUGAAAGAAUGUCUCAAACCGUGUGUUGGAGGAGCCGUUCACCUUACAGUGGACAUAUGGUCUAGCCGUCAAGCGAAGGACUACAUGUCUGUCUGCGCGCACUGGAUGAUUCACGAAGACUCGGACGGACAACUGUCCAGGCACAAAGCGGUCCUGAACAUGUCCGGCUUCAAUCAGACUCACACCGACGGGAGCGUGGCCCACAAGCUAGGCACCGUGAUUGCAGACUGGUUCCCUUCCCUGGGCCUGACAGCGCGAUACGUCGUCGCGGAAAAUGCGCUCACCAUCCAGCAGGCGCUCAGUCACGUCCAGCUGAAGCACAUCCCGUGCGCCGCACAUUCUAUGGGACUCGUUGUGAAGGGAUUCCUUGCCAGAUUUGGGGGAGACUUGGAAGCGACCCUCGAAACCGCACGCUCCGUCUGCUCUCACUUCAGCAAUUUCGAGGGCGCGUGGGCUAAGCUCAGUGAAGCACAACGCCGCAACGACCAACCGGUCCGCCGUUUGUUUGAGGAUGAUCCCUCUUGUUGGGAGAGCACCUUCUCCAUGGUGGAGCGCCUGUGCGACCAGCAGGUGGCCGUGACAGAGUGCAUGGAGGGGUCGAGCGACGGCUGCCUGACUCCCGAACGGUGGGAGUUGCUUCGGCAAGUGAAGGCCGUGCUGCGGCCGUUCAAGGAGGUGACUUCUCUUCUCACCAUGGAUUCAGCGACGUUGGGACAAGUGUUACCCCUUUUACGGUUUACAGAGAAGAUCCUACAGACCACCAUUGAGCGGGCCCAGGAGGGAACCGCUUCCGCAUUGUUGUCUCGUCACUUGCUUGGAGAGUUGCGUGCGAGCAGGCACCUACGGGCGGUGAGGGCAGAUGUUACCUUCUGGGCCGCCAGUUUCCUGGACCCACGCUUCAGAGACACGUUUGGGACGUACGUCGGCGGCGCUGAAGGUCCCGUGGAGAACAAGUUGGAAGACGUGAAGCAACAUCUCCUGGGUCAAAUCCUCGAAGCGUAUCUUCAAGACAAACGGAGCGGUGACGUCAGAAGCGUAGAGACACCCGCGCUCGAGGCACCGUCGGGUAGCAGCGCGUCCCAGCCGGCUGCAGUCGGCGGAGAAUUCUCUUUGUGGCUGUCCAACGCCGAAGAGAUGGGACUUACCGUGCCGAGAGCGCAGCAGUCCCCUGACCAGAUGAGGAUCGAGGCGGCUGCCGUCGCCAGGUCCCAACUGGAGGCCUACAUUCAAGACAGCAUCAUAGACUUCUCAGCACCAAUGAGCGACCCUGCACGUUACUGGGAGAGGAAGCGGAACCAUUGGCCGUCGCUGUAUGCCGUUGCGGUGGCGUACCUUGCGUGCCCCCCCACCAGCGUGCAUUCGGAGAAAGUCUUCAAGAAGUAUGGGCCGAUAGCUGCUGAAGGAAGGAACGGACUGAGCCCAGAGGAUGUGAGUGCGUUUUGUUUCAUACGCACAAAUGCGGCGUGGAUACCAAAGGACCCCUUGGCCGCACCACGGGAUAUCCUCGACGCACUCUUUAAGGCAGCGGAAGAGACACGGUCAGAAGAGAGGGAAGUUCUGGAAGGAAAUGAGGAUGUACCACUGCUACAUAGGGUUGUUUUUGAAGACACGGAAUGUUGCUGAACACUCUUGCUAGACGUGUUUGUGCAAAAUGUGAUUUACGUAGUAAAUGUUUUCCUGUAGCUUUCAUACCCUACGA